CCACACCCCAUGUCACAUCUUUCCCUGAAUUAUGGAAAUUUUGUGGAAGACGCUGACUUGGACUCUGAGCCUGGUGGUGAUGGCUGCUUCUGAAUUUCAAAGCGUCAACAGACUUUCACACAACUCUCAAGAGGAGUUCCUGUCCUACCUGCAGCACUACCAGUUGACUGUCCCGGUGCGGGUGGACGAGAACGGAGAGUUCCUGAGCUACACUGUGAAGCACCACCGGCCGGGCCGACGGAGACGCGGGGCGGCGGACCCCGUAAUGGGAGCGCCUCCUUCGUUAGACCUGGACCCCCCAGAGUCCCGGCUGUUCUACAGACUGUCAGCCUACGGAAAGCACUUUCACCUAAACCUGACACUCAACCCCCACCUGGUGUCAAAACAUUUUACAGUGGAGUAUUGGGGCAAAGAAGGGCUGGAGUGGCGUCAUAACAUGGUAGAGAACUGUCACUAUGUUGGAUUCUUGCAAAAUCAGCACAGCACGACGAGAGUGGCGCUCAGCAACUGCAAGGGCCUGCAUGGUGUUAUAACAACAGAGGAAGAACAGUAUUUAAUAGAGCCAUUAAAGAACAUAUCCUCCACCACCUCCAGUGAAUGGAACCUGGAAGAAGCACAGCAACAUGUUAUUUAUAAAACGUCUGCCAUUCCCUCACCACAAGAGCAUAGCCAGGAGUUCAGCUGUGGCAUUUCAGACCUCAUUAAAACCAGUGCACCUUGCCAGUCUAGCACACCUUCCCCUGUCCACGCUUCCCCUGUCCCCCAAAACGACAGCGAGCAGUCGAACAGCACCCACAGACAGAGACGCUCCGUCAGCACCGAGCGCUUCGUCGAGACGCUUGUGGUUGCAGAUAAAAUGAUGGUCGGCUACCACGGACGCAAAGACAUCGAGCACUACAUCUUGUCCGUAAUGAAUAUUGUUGCCAAACUUUACCGUGAUGCCAGUCUAGGAAAUGUUGUGAACAUUAUUGUGACCCGGCUGAUUGUUCUGACCGAAGAUCAGCCUAACCUGGAGAUCAACCAUCAUGCUGACAAGUCUCUGGACAGUUUCUGUAAGUGGCAGAAGUCCAUCCUGUCUCAUCACAGCGAUGGCAACAGCAUUCCAGAGAACGGGAUGGCUCAUCAUGACAACGCUGUGCUAAUCACCCGGUAUGACAUCUGCACCUACAAGAACAAACCCUGUGGUACCUUAGGCUUGGCCUCGGUGGCUGGAAUGUGCGAGCCGGAGAGGAGCUGCAGCAUCAAUGAAGACAUCGGCCUCGGCUCCGCUUUCACCAUCGCUCACGAGAUCGGCCACAAUUUCGGGAUGAACCACGAUGGCAUCGGGAAUUCCUGCGGCACCAAAGGCCACGAGACAGCCAAACUGAUGGCCGCUCAUAUAACAGCCAACACCAACCCUUUCUCCUGGUCUGCCUGCAGCAAAGACUACAUCACCAGCUUUCUCGACUCAGGUCGGGGGACGUGUCUGGACAAUGAACCUCUGAAACGAGACUUCCUGUACCCAACAGUGGCCCCGGGGCAGGUGUACGAUGCAGACGAGCAGUGUCGCUUCCAGUACGGAGCCUCCUCGCGCCAGUGCAAGUAUGGGGAAGUGUGUAGAGAGCUCUGGUGCCUUAGCAAAAGCAACCGCUGUGUUACUAACAGUAUCCCUGCUGCAGAGGGGACUCUGUGCCAGACGGGCAGCAUUGAGAAAGGGUGGUGCUACCAGGGGGAGUGUGUAGCGUUCGGUACCUGGCCUCAGAGUGUGGACGGAGGCUGGGGGCCCUGGUCGAUAUGGGGGGAGUGCAGCAGGACCUGUGGGGGCGGUGUAUCCUCCUCCAUGAGGCACUGUGACAGCCCAGCCCCUUCUGGAGGAGGCAAGUACUGUCUCGGAGAGAGGAAACGCUACAGAUCCUGUAACACCGACCCCUGUCCUGCGGGAUCUCGUGAUUUCCGAGAGAAGCAGUGCGCCGACUUUGACAACAUGCCUUUCCGUGGGAAGUACUACAACUGGAAGCCUUACACUGGUGGUGGUGUUAAACCCUGUGCGCUCAACUGUUUGGCGGAGGGCUAUAACUUCUACACGGAGCGCUCUCCUGCCGUCAUAGAUGGCACCCGAUGUCAGGCUGACUCUCUGGACAUCUGCAUCAAUGGAGAGUGUAAGCACGUGGGCUGUGACAACAUCCUGGGGUCCGACGCCAAAGAAGAUCGAUGCCGUGUGUGCGGAGGGGACGGCAGCACCUGCGAGGCCACAGAGGGACUCUUCAACGAGUCUCUACCCAGAGGAGGCUACAUGGAGGUGGUUCAGAUCCCAAAAGGCUCGGUUCACAUCGAGAUCAAAGAAAUUGCCAUGUCGAAGAAUUACAUCGCUUUGAAAUCUGAAGGGGAUGAUUAUUACAUCAACGGAGCGUGGACCAUCGACUGGCCCAGGAAGUUUGACAUCGCAGGCACGGCCUUCCACUACAAGAGACCCUCCGAUGAACCGGAGUCUUUAGAGGCCCUAGGAGCUACCACUGAAAACCUGGUUGUCAUGGUCCUCCUUCAGGAACAGAACUUGGGAAUACGCUACAAGUUCAACGUGCCUAUCCAGCGCACAGGAAGCGGCGACAACGAGGUGGGCUUCUCCUGGCACCACCUGCCCUGGUCUGAAUGCUCGGCUACCUGCGCUGGAGGUUCCCAGAAGCAGGAGGUGGUGUGUAAGAGGCUAGAUGACAACUCGGUGGUCCAGAACAGCUACUGCGACCCAGACGGAAAACCUCCAGAGAACCAGAGAGACUGCAACACUGAGCCAUGUCCUCCAGAGUGGUUUAUUGGCGACUGGUCGGAGUGCGGUAAGACGUGCGAUGGCGGGAUCAGGACGAGGACGGUCCUGUGUAUCAGGAAGAUCGGCCCUGCUGAGGAGGAGACACUGGAGGACACCCACUGUCUGACUCACCGACCUAUCGAACGAGAGUCGUGCAACAACCAGUCCUGUCCGCCAAAGUGGGUCACUCUGGACUGGUCGGAGUGCACACCUAAAUGUGGCCCCGGCUUCAAGCACCGCAUUGCCUUGUGUAAGAGCAGCGACCUGACCAAGACCUUCCCGCCCGCCCACUGCCCGAGCCACAACAAGCCACCGGUCCGAAUCCGCUGCAGUCUAGGACGCUGUCCUCCUCCACGCUGGAUCCCUGGCGAAUGGGGACAGUGUUCGGCGCAGUGCGGCCUGGGCCAGCAGAUGAGGACGGUGCAGUGUCUGUCCUACACCGGGCAGCCGUCUAACGAGUGCGCAGAGUCCCUCCGACCCACCACCAUGCAGCAGUGCGAGAGCAAGUGCGACGCCACCCCCAUAUCCAACGGCGACGAAUGCAAAGAUGUAAACAAAGUGGCUUACUGCCCGCUGGUACUGAAGUUCAAGUUCUGCAGCCGUGCGUACUUCAGACAGAUGUGCUGCAAGACUUGCCAGGGGCACUGACCCUUGGAGCACAAGAGCGAAACGAAGCGAGAGAGAGAAAGAGAGAGAGAGAGAGAGAGAGAGAGAGAGAGAGAGAGAGAGA